AUGGAGGCCCAGCUGUUUAACCGCUGCGUCCUGAAGUUAAACACAGCGCAAUCUCCACAGCUGGCACUCGCGCACCUCUACUCGGAGACCGUGCGACUCAAGAACAAGUUGAGCGAGCUGCAGGAUGUGCAGGAGGGCGAGCGUGAUAAUUGGCAGAGCGCAUACGAUGAACUUCACACCGCUAUUGACGAGGGGCUGCAGCAAGAGCGAACCGUCAUCUCAUUUGGUCGUGCUCUGCUGCUUGCCAAGGACCGCCGCCUGGCAGAUCUUCAAGCCGCGGCUUCGCGAGCUGAAAGCCGCGUGGGAUCACUGGAGAGCGCAGCGACGUCUCAGCCGCAGUCGCAAUCACAAUCACAGUCACAGUCACGGCCACACUCUCGGCAGUCACACUACUCGACUCCGUCCCUGCCAUCCUCGCACGAAGCCUCCAGCGUGGCGACACAGCACGUCCAACGCACGCAGCAGUCACGCACCCCCGCAUCCACCCCAGCAUCUCGACCAUCCACUGCCAACACAACUGCCAGCACAAUGUCGCCGUCACAGGCGCUCCGCCCAUCCCUCCAAUCGUCCGCGUCGACCGAUCUUGAUCUCGCCCCAUCUCCUGUUCGCGCCGCCACAUCCCCGCGCAAGAAGAGGUUCAUCCGCCGAACGGGAACAAUCGGUACACUGACGCGCAAAGCCGGAGGAGGUGGAGGAGGGGCGAAUGCGUCUGGAAGGACAACAGCGGCAGCUUCUUCCACAACAUCGGCGUCGUUUGUGAAGAGUCUUCACUUCAGUCGUGACAGACAAGCGGAUGAUGAUGGCGCGGAGACGACCAAGCGACCCAAGAUCACGCCAGCAAAGGACGCGGUUGUUGCUGCAGAUCCGAGUGCAGUGAGUCCACAGGACGACGAGCGGCUGCUGGAGGAAUUGUAA